ACAGAGAGACGCGCGCCGCGACGCGACGCGCCACGGAACGCUCCUCAGGCCAGGUGACCCUUUUCGUGGUGGCACGCGAGCACCCGGUGCCAGUUUCGUUCAACUGUUCGAAGAAGAAUCAUCUCCGUGGCUCGUGAUGACCGAUCGUCCGCUGCGAGCACGCAGUUGCCUCGCUUGACAAUCGAUUCGACGCGAUCAAUUUUCGCCGCGAUCAAUCGGGAACUACACAGUGCGCGGCGUUAAAAAAAAUCCCUGAAAUGAUCGAACGAAACAUGUGAAAGAUCCUCUAAUUAGCACCCUAACACUCUCGAAGUUGCCGCUUCUUCUUCAAGGAUUAUAAAGAUACGUUCAAUAAUAUCUGUUGAAUUCCAUUGGUACAUGUGUAGUACUGAUCGUGUAUGACGCCGGAGAAGAAACAGUGCAAUGAGGAUUUUAUGUGCUGCGUGACAGAGUCGAGAUUAAUGUUCAUUUGGAGACUUGUGCUGGUCAUGUCAUCAUCCCGUAGUGUUACUAGUUUCAUUUCUUGAGGAUUCUCGUCGAGUUUCGAGUGUCCAGGGAGCUGUUGAUAACAUGACUGAAUGCUGAUGUCCUUUGACGAAUGCGGGACAGUAAUGUUUCAUUGAGGUUUCUUUUUUAUAUGGAGUACGUGUUGCCAGUUUGACGAUGAAUAUUCGAUUUCGAGUGAAGUGAAAGUCUUCUGGUGUUGAUUGUUUAGUGUUUGACACAGUGGACCUUGGCGAUUGUAAACGGAGGAUUGUUCUGUCGGGAACUGUUGACUAAGGUCGACGGUUUGGAGAAUUGGGCUGAUGUGAAAACGGAGUUCGCUUUGUGCUCACGGGAAACAAUUCUGGACUUGGUGACCAGGCAGUCGGGCAUAUUAAUGCGCGGCUAAACAGUAAUUGUCUGGAAGCCGCGACGAUUGUUCCUAAUUAUUGACUGUGACCGCUUGGUUUCGCGACUGUCAGUCAAGUUCCAACGUUUUCCACGGAGAUUACGCUUCACCUUUCCGAACUCUCGGCGAAAGAGCAACGGGAAACGAAUUGGUUGCGUCCGAUAAUUCACCGGUCGUAAUCGGAAAUUAUGAGGUGGCUGUGGAUUAUCAUCCUGAUAGCUUUGGCGCUGCCGGCGGCCGUGCCGCGGAAGACGCAUCGCAGUAAACCCACGCCGCGGCUCUAUGGCGACAGGGUACCUGUCAAGUUAAUCAGGACGAGCAGCAGCAAGGUUCAGCAGAAGAUCGUCGACACCCACAAUUACUUUCGCACUCAGGUCAAACCGCCUGCUGCUAACAUGCUCGGAAUGAAAUGGCACCCUGGCCUAGCCAAAGCGGCGCAGAGAUGGGCCAAUAAGUGUCUCGGUCUGGUUCACGAUAACGCGACAGGACUGUACUUAGAUGGCUUUGGUCAGAGUGGACAGAACAUCUUCAUUACCACGGGACGAACACUCUGGAACUUCCCCAUUAGAAUGUGGUACAUGGAGUACAAAGACUACAAGUACGGCGACGACCAAGCGAACGAUCUCCACGAGAUCGGCCAUUACACCCAAAUCGCGUGGGCCUCGACGCAUCUCGUCGGCUGCGGCGUCAGCCAUUGCACCGGCAGUAAAGGUCCGCUCGGCAAAGACUUCUUCAUGUAUGUUUGCAACUACGCUCCGAGCGGCAAUUAUAUGGAUCGCUUGGGUCACCCGUACGUGGCCGGGAAGCCGUGCAGCAUGUGCAAGGACCAUUGCUCGCGCAACAAGCUCUGCACGAACGCCUGCUACUACAACGAUCUAUGGUCGAACUGCGCCGAACUGGUCAGGACAUUUCGUUCCUGGGUCUGUGAUACGAACACGAAAGAAGGUCGGGAACGACGGAAGUUCUGCGGCGCCACCUGCAACUGCAAGGACAAGAUCUACUACCAUCACGGGUAGUGAACGACCAACGGUCUGUAGACAGUACCGACGUUUCUUCGUUGACCUAUCAGCAACUACGUGGGAUCCGCGGCUACCACGUGGCCGACCAUCAGCGAGCCUAGAAGGUACGAAAUGCUUUUUAAAAAGGCUACACCACAGUACACGCGGUGUCGAGAACUUCUGGGCUUCUCGCCGAUCGUUAUCCUAUCAUAGCUCGCGUUUUCUAGAUCCAUUGGUGAACAAAGGGAAAUUUCUUUUUCGGUGAACACUGUUAUUAAUGAUCUCUUCGCUGACGUAGCUUCCUUGUACCGUUUGUCUGGAUUAGAGAUGGAUUUAUUAUCUACAACGGCCUUACUUGCAUUGAAUUUAUUGCGACAGUUUAUAUGGUUAUCGAAUUUAUUUGUUAGGAAAUCGCAGCUUUUCAGUUACUUUUGUUGGUGUAAUUUAUUUUAUUCGGUUUCAUGAAGAAGGUAUUAUUAACCCUUUUGUUACAAUGGACGAGGUAUCUCGGUUCCAUGGUGUCGAAGAAACGAUAGACGAGACAUCUCGUGUAUCUUUAUUAUUGAUAUGAAGUGUUUUAUUUGAAAAUUUGAUAUAAGUAAUCGAUUUUUAAGACAUGUCAUCGUUGGUGAAAGGUGCUUAAAGAUGAUAAAUAUAAAAUACUCUGUACUUUACACAAUUAGGGUUUUUAUAGUUUAUUUUAUAUGGAAUGCUUAAAAGCAUAGUGAAAUGUAUAAUUCGACAGAACAGUUUUUACAAAAAUAUCUGGUUUUUUUUCAUUGGCCAUUGCUUUCGCAAUCUAUUUAUUCUAUUGUUGAAUAAGAUUUUUCUCUGUAUUGUAUUUUUGUAUAUUAGAUCUUUUACAUCAAUUACAAUUAUCCCUCUUGCAAUACUCGAAUGAUAUUGGUGCUCUAAGAUACACGUAUUGUUGAUUGGCGAGCUAUUUGACUCAGUGGAAAUAUUUUGCGAUUCUCCUGUAGUAUUUAUAGUUCUUGUCAUCCACCAGACUCUAAUUGUGUAAAAAUAAAAAUUCCUUCUCCCACCAACGAUGACAUAUCUUAAAAAUCGGUUACUUGUGUUAAAUUUUAAAAUAAAACACUUCAUAUGAAUAAUAAAGAUACACGAGAUAUCUCGUCCAUAACAUCAUUUCUUCGACAUCGUAGAACCGAAAUAUCUUGUUCAUGAAACCUUGGUAAUGAAAGGGUUAAAUAUAAUUCGUAGGUUAUUAAUAUUCAUACAUUCGAAGCUCAUAUUUCGACCAAACCGGAAAUGAAUUGAUUCCUUAAAUUACACGUGACACAAGAAUGAGUUAACAUUAUCAACGAUAUGUAUUUCUUUUAUUCGUACAUUUCGUAUAGUUCCACAUGUCACAAGUUUUCAACGAUUAUAUAACGAUUUUUGUGAAUGCAGAUAAUCGAACCGUAUAAUUUCGUUUGAACGCUCGUGGAAAGAAACUGAUCAUUUGAUAAAUAGUCAUAGUACAAUUAUGUAUUUCGUAGAAUAAUAUGUUUUCAACCGAACAAUAACGUAUCGUGAACUUGAACAGUGGCUCUCGUGGUCGGCCGAGUGGCUGGAAGAUGAUUUCCCUUUGCUCAAUGGUUGUUUUCAACAACGUCGCCCCGGAAAUUGAUUCUAUUUUUUCGCGAGCGUCCUCGUGGUUCGCCUUUCAACCUCUGUUUUUCGGUGGUGAAAAAAAAGCCCGCGGUUGCCUGAAAGCGAACCUGGGCUGGUGAACGGCUCGAAGGAAGGCGGUGAAUGAAACGAAGCCUCGGGCGAAUCCUUUUGAUAUUUGUAAACGAUAAGGGUGUCUAUGUAAAUGUGCAUGCAGUGUGUACAUACAUAUAAGUAAGAGAUGGGUAUGUAGACGGAGUGUUUCUCGGUGCUGUAUUCAUCGCCGUUUCAUUCUGGACGCCCACGAACCGUCAAUAAAGAUGAUUAACCUUUGAAUUGCUCGGUGACCGGGUUACUCUUAACCUGCGGUGAAAUUGUACAGAUACCGAUUGAAUUAUUUCUACCUCGCUUGUCUAGCCUGUUUCACGUUAGAUGAAUCAUUUGAAACUUUGCCUUUGGAAACGAAAUUGAAAAUUGGGCAAUAAAUGUAGAAGUGAUCUAAAGAAGUGCAAUAUUUUGUAUUAAAUGUUUGAUUUUUAACAAAUCUUAACCUCUUGUACUAUGAUAUCGUGUUAGAUUCGUGGUGAAAAUUUUGAAGUGAAUUUGACAAAUUUAAAUGUUACUUCUCUUGAAGAUGAGGUAACAUUAAACGUAUUGUGACUGGUCAAAUAACCGAUUUUAACCAGUUAACUGCGUUUGACGAUCUUAUAAUUAAUUAUUAACGGUAAAGUAGCUUUACUAAGUAUAGUUGUGAAAGAAAUCAUAGGGUAAGGGGUUGAGCAAGAUCUAGCUUCUUCGAAAUAAGUUCAGUAAUCCAUGUAUUGGGAUCAGCUGAAAAUUAAUGAACUUUCGUCUAUACCUUGAAAACAAAAUACGAUGCGGGUUUAUGCGAGGAUUCAGUUUGUAACUACAACCAUCCUCUAUAAACAUGCUGAAUCUUGAUAAAUUUACUUGAUAUAGUCAUGAACAGCAUUAUUUAGAUCAAGGUUCGACAUGAAUGCAGUAGGAAUGAGAUACUUUUACAAGGUUAACCCUAGGUUCACGAGACGCGUAAAUUUAACGUAUAUUAAAUUUUGUAAACAUUAUUUGCUAAAUGGUUACGUCUAUUUUGACUGAUGCAGUUGCAUGCGUAUGUAUCCUAAUCAUAUAUUUUUCUAUCCUUAAUUUCCAAGAUUUAAAUGAAUGAACAUAAAUUUAUCUGGGCCCGAUAAAAUAAAAUACAAUAAAUGUUCGAAAACCUAACGUAAAAUAUUAAUACUGGAAAUACCGAACAUUUAAUGUACUUGACAUGCAAUCCUUAUAAAAAUUGUAACCUAAAAUUAGGCUAAUUGUAAAAAUGGUAUUUAUUUCAAAUCGGACAAUGAAUUCAAGACAGUAGUAAUUUCCACUAUCGGAAGUAAACCUCGAGAAUGUUUAGUUCGCGAAUUGAAGAAAUUUAUCUCACGUUGGCAAAAAUGUAUUAAAUGUAACGAUAAUUAUGUAAAAAAAUAAAUGAAUAGAUGUCUAGAAGAAGGGCGUAUGGGACAAACUUUUUUUAAGAAAUAUUUCUUGGCAAAGAGGGUUUGAAAAUCGUCCGAAACGUUCAUUUUUAUAUUCAAUUCUGCGUUCACAGUUAAUAAAUAACUCUCUUACUAGCAAAUAAUUAUUUAUUUUUUAAUAUUUCUAAUUACGAGAGUGUAAUGAAUUGUAUUUUCAUUUCUUAUUGUCGCAUUUCAAUAGUUGUACUUAUUUUAAAAAACGAAUAGUUCAUUAUGUUUCAGCUAACCCUCGUAUCUAUUAUAGUCUAUGAAUUUUUAAAGACUAAUCUUUUAAUUUGUUUGUAGAGAUCAUAGAAGAUUAGAUAUUCUAAUUUAGACUUCAUAGUAUUAAAAGAAAAUAUUUUAUUUGUUAGACAUUGCGUUCUGUAAAAUGAGCAACGUUUCAUUUUUUUCAAAAGCAUUUGCAACAUUUUAUUUCAAAAAUAUUUCAUUCUAUAUUUAAUGUAUCUGCAGCAGAAGAACAUUUUUUCUUAAAAAUGCUUCAUGACAGAAGCAUAACGUUACUUUGUAUUAUUAACAAUCCAAGAAGAUCGAAAUAAUCCCUUGUAAAUACAUUAAUUGUUCGAAAUCGCAAUUAAAUAAGAUAAAAUUGAGUUUCCACGACAAAAAUAUAAACGUACAUGCUGAUUUCGAAUUUUGAAAAGAAAAGAAUAAUUUUUUAUUUAACACAUAGGUGAUCCAGAUUUUAUUGGCGGUAUCGUGUGUUGCCUAAACCUGGGACUAAAAUGUAUAAACGUAAGAGGAUGCUCUAUCUAAAACGUGUUUAGUGAUGUAAGUUUUACGAUAGUUAAUGUAUGCACAACAAUCACGUUGCUGAACUCGUGAUGUCACCUGAAAUUGUUUGAGCAGUUACGAAUGCAUAUCGAUCGAAUACAAACACAGGAAGCAAUUCCUUUUUUAUGGCAAAAGAAUAUUUAAGAUACUCUAAGCGAAUACAAAAUUUAAAUAUAUUAAUAAAUUGCUACAUAUCGAGAAAGAGAAUUACCGACAAAUAUAAAUUUUAGCAUUAACAACAUGAUAGUAAACUACACACUUUUUAUUGUUCACUUCAUUAUUGUAUUCUACAUUUUAAGUGAAUUCGCAGCCACUUCUACUGAUAAAUGUAAAUGUUUGACUAUAUUUGUAUAGCAUAUAUAGUUAUACUAAAGUGAUAAAACGAUAUUUAAUAUAUUCCCAUGGCACUAUCAGUAUUUAUUUGAUAAUUAGAAAUAAAUGUGUCUUACAGUCUUUAUUAACAUGUUUUUAGAAUGAAUCGAUACAUAUAAAGAAUUCAGUUCCUCCAGUUUUUGUUGCGCAAACUUCAAUUUUCAAAGAUUAUAUUUAAUAUGUGUAAAAAUAUCUCUAAAUGGUAAUGCUAUAACGAAACAGGUACCAUAUUUAAAGUAUAUCACCUUCUUUUUUUAUUCAUAUGGGAAUCUUAAUUAAUUAUAUUUAUCGAUAAGUAAAACCCUUUCAUUUCUCUCUUACCAAUUUUGUCUAAUUGUAUGUAAUUUCAGAUUUUAAUUUUCUUAUGUCACUGUUUCAUAAAAUUCCAUAUUUAUAAAAAUUACUAAGAUUUACAUCCAUUUUAACUGAAUUGAAUUUUAUAAAUUUUAUUUUAAAUAUUGAUGAACAUAUUUCAGAAUUACUUCUUUCAAAGACUUUUUCACUGUUAAUUUCUAAUUUAUAUCAACGAUUGUCAACAGUUCCGAGUGUGGACGAAUAUGAACACUCCUGUGUAAAAAAGGAAUGCCGACGAAUACAAUAAUACUCUAAAAUCUCAGUGCAUUCGUAAGUGUUCGACAAGAUCGAGCAUAAGCAGAAGAUUACCGAAUGAAACAUUGUUUGUAAUAUCGUCUAGUGUGAGGUCAUAAUUAAUAUAUCAUCGAAAGUCCCGGAAAUGUAUUCUGUAUCCUCGUAGGAUUUAUUUACUAUUCAGCGCGUUCCAGAGGUAAUAUUUUUCAUCGCAUUUUACGGUGUUUUGAUUCGUACUUGUAAUUUGUGUGCGCGUGCUGCGAGCCAGACAUCAGAGACCAGUGUAAAGUGUGAAUGGAGUAACAAGUAGUAUUCGGCUUUUAAGAGUCAUAUUAUAGGAAUGAAGGGAUAAAAAUGGUACCGAAUCAUCUGCGAGAACAGGGUGUGAAUAAUAUACAGGGUGGACCGCAUAACGUGUCUCGUUGUUUUUUUGUAUCUUAACGAAUCGAUCGAAAUUUCUCAAAAUGCUAACAUUGUUCCAUUUUUCUGUGACUUUUUUAAAAAAGUUUUCAUACUCAAAAGUUUUAUUUAUAUACAAUUGUAUAGUAUCUAUUAAUAAAUAGAAAUUAAGAAAAAAUUUAGAGAGAACAAUUAAAAGUACUGUUUUAUUUAUUAAAAUGAUUCAACGAUGUAAAUCUUAAACUACAAAUGAUUUUAUGCAAAUAUUACGUGCAAUUAGUGUUUAAUGGGGUAAUUGUGUAAUUGAUAAGUCUAUUUAUCCAUUUUUUCUUUGUUUAUACAAGCCCAUAGAAAUUCAUAUUCUAAAUGCACCCGAUGAAUUGGAUAAUUACUAAUUGUAAAUUUACAAAUUCACGUUGUCUUGGCGGCUUUAAAAAUCCAAUUUUUUCUUCUGCAUUUUCUUACAGUCCUGAACCUUAAGAAUGAAAUACUGAAUUAUUAUAAACAAAUUUGAACGAUUGAUAAUGCCGCUGACUUGAAAAUAAAAUGUUCUUCAUUGUUUACUGCUAUGAUUAAUUAAAUAACGAAAAAUUUUCUAUUAAUCUCGCUUCGUGUCCCUCAUCAUUUGUCAGUACAUAAAUAAAAACGCCUACAGGCUUGCACAUGAAAAAAUUUGAAAAUAAACUAGAAUAUUUAUGAUUUUUUAAAAAGUUGCAUAUUAAAAAAUUAUGUUUUAUGUUUGAAAUAUUGCUGGAAAUGAAAUAUUUAUUCGAAACGAAAUUUUAAUUGGUUCGCAGAGAACGAAAAUAAUAAAGCUUGUUUCACGGGGCACGAUUCACCGUGUAUAUUGUGUAGAGUAGCUGGUAAGGUAUACAUAUAACGAAUGCUGUUAAAUAAGAACAAUAUAUGCAAGAUGAAACGUAAAGCUGUGGAUAAUAGAACACACUUAAUCGUGUUAAGUACUAGUUAAGAGGUUAAUGUUAUACGUAACCAUGUAAUGCGGAGUUACACAAUUUCAAGUGAAGCGUUGUAAGCUGUCGUACUUUGUUCACUUACAAAAAUAAAGAUCCUGUAAAUAUUGAUUGUUGUUUUCAAUGCGUACACCGUAAUUUUUCUGUGAUCAAUGUUGUGAUGUUAUUUUACAAUAUUACCUUUUUCUCUCAAAAAAUAACACGGUUGACAAUUAACUUUUAGAAUUUCAACCACUUAAUCUGCAAUAUCAUGUUAGACGUCGUGACGAGAAUUAUUAACCGAAUUUGAAAAAUCUGAGUGUUAUUUAUAUUUUUUAAUAUAAUUUAAAUUUUACUUUUCUAGUAUCAAUCCUCAACUUUUGGAGUAAACGUAGACAUAGAAUAAGCACCAAAUUUUUGCUGUCACUAAUAAAUUAUUAACGAUAAGGUCGUUAUGUCGAUUGUAAUUAAGAAAUAGAUCAUAGGACAAGAGGUUAAGUUAAAAUUUUUUUAUUAAUUUUGAGAAAAUAGUUAACAUUUAAACAGUUAAUACGUUUUCAGACAUUUAAAGCCAAUAAGAAUUCAGGUUUUCCAUUUCAUCUUUUACAAGUGCUAAAAUAAAACAAAAACUUCAUUGUAUUUUAUUUAUUUUUUUAAUACAGUUCGUUUCAAAUUAACUAGAAUAUAAUAAAUACAGAAAAUCUGAAAUUUAAUUACACAUAGUAUAUUACAACGAUAUAACCGGUUCAACGGUUAUUCUACAUGCAAAGAGGAAUAAAAUAUGCGUAAUAAAAUUUUUUCCUUUAAAACAGAAUUUGAAAAAUCGAGCUCGAAAGUUGGCCGAGUACGCGUGUCGC